AUGGUCCCCGGCAUCACAGCCUCCUGCUCGAGAUGCAUCUCGUCCGCACUCAACCUCUCCUCCCUUUCGGCCGCCCUCCCUUCGACCUCGUACGGCUUCUCCCACCUGCAGACGCUCUCCGCGAUCCAAUCCCAGCAAAAGUCCUCCUUCUCCACCUCUUCCAUCCUCUCCGAAUCACGCAAGAAGCGAACAGCCCGUCUCAACCGUAAAUCAAACCUCGACCAACGCAAUCUCAAAGUACGCAUGCUCGAGUCCUCCAAACCAGACGCCGUCCUUGGCCACCAAUCUACCCCUGCCGGCCAAAAGGUGUGGACCGACAGCGAGCUCGCCCAGAUCGUCCUCAACAAGCAGAUUGUAUGGGGUGUUAAGGAGGAUCGACGUGGCAACCUCGUACCCAUCUCCUCCGAAGAGCAAUCCGCCUCGACUCGAAACGUGUUUGACUCGGUCGCUGCCAAAGAUGCGGCUGCUGCAGGAGGUCCGCUACGACUCAACUUUGGUCUCGAUGGAAGCGACCGUCAGCUGCUCUUCCAGGAUCUUCCGCAGGUCAUGGUCAAAGAUCGGAUCCUCGACUCGUGGAAUUUGGGCACUCUCGUUCGAGGCACAGCCAACCAAGCCGACGUCUCCGCCUUUGAAUCCGAAUACGCCAAGGUCCAAUCCGAAGAAGACACCAACAAGCACAGCCUCGCACGUAUCCUCGAUCUACGAAAUGCAAGUGGAAAGGGCAUCCAGGUGGAAAACAUCCGUCGCAUCAUCGCUCACUUUGGCGACCAAAAGGAUACGGGUAGUCCCGAAGUGCAAGCCGCCGUCUUGACUUACCGCAUCCGAAACCUGCACGAGCAUCUGCAGGUCAACAGGCACGACAACUCCAAUCGAAGGAGCAUGUCUCUGCUGACCCAUCAAAGGGCAAAAAUCCUCAAGUAUUUGAAGAAAAAGAGCCCGCAGAGGUAUCACGCCAUCCUGCCCAGGAUCGGCAUCGAGGCGAGGGCCGUUGAGGGCGAAGUGGUGGUGCCGGGAAAGCCCAAGAUCGCUCGUGGUUGA